AUAGAGUGAGUCAGUGAGAAAGGAAUAUCUGCGCGUCAGUGAGAGUUUGCUGGAGCAGCACGACGCGGUGCGCCUUGGAACAUUUGGGAAGUUUCCAAAAAGGAUCCUUUAUAAAAUCAUCACCUUAAUGUCGGGACUGCUGAAUAUCACCCCACCGAUGCUAUGGUUACCUUUAUUACGACAGUAGUACUUCAAGACUGACUUUACUGAUUUGGAUGAUCAAAGUCUUACAGGUGAAUCUAGUGAUGUCCAUCCUUCUGUACGUGAUAUUCUUCACGUACCUCUAUUGUGUCUCUAUCACUGCCAUGAACAAGCAGCAGCCCACACAGGACCCCAUCAACACGCUCAUUGUCAAGCUGCUGCAGGCCGACAUAAGCCGCAACCGACAGCAGCAAAAUGAGGGGAAUAAGGAUACACCUGUGCCUACUUCUGUCAAUGCACCUACAAAUACGGAAUACCCCCAACAGUUCAUCCCAUCUGCUUACCAGUCCAAGCGGGCUAUGGCUGAUGAGCUGUUGAGGCAGCACAAGCGCUACAAUUCCCCACGAGUGUUACUGAGUGAGCGGCCACCUCUGGAACCCCCACCACUAUACCUCAUGGAUGACUUUGAAAGUGCUCAGGACACUCAGAGCACCAAUAAAACACGCCAGAAGCGUUAUGCUGAGCACAAGAGUUACCGUGGUGAGUACUCAGUCUGUGAUAGCUUGAGCCAUUGGGUGACAGACAAGACCACAGCAGUGGACAUCCGUGGCCAUGAGGUCUCAGUGCUUACAGAUGUCGAGAUAAAACGGUCGACUAUGAAGCAGUACUUUUAUGAGACAACCUGCCAGAACAGCAAACCAAUUAAGAGUGGCUGCCGAGGCAUAGAUGACAAGCACUGGAACUCGCAGUGCAAAACCUCACAGACAUACGUACGUGCCCUCACCAAAUACAAUAAUGUGAUGACCUGGCGUUGGAUACGGAUAAACACCUCAUGCGUUUGCGCACUCUCACGUAAACACCGCAGGACGUAAAACUAAAGAAAACCCUAUAUUGUGCAACUAAUCCACUGUCUUUCUAUUUUACCCUGAGAGGUUGUAAAUAUGAUAUAAAUUAUUAUUUAAGUUAUAUGAAAUGCAUGUAGUCUAUACAUGUCUAUAUGAUGUAUAAAUAUAUUUGUGUUAUUUAUUUAAGUUGUUAUCAAAGCAUAUUCUAAAAAAAGAGACAUGGAUGGACUUAAAAUGACUUAAGAGAUACAAUGCCACUAAGCUAAAAGAACAUUACAGGGUGAAACUGUGUGCCUUGCUUAAACAUCUUCACCAACAGUCAAAGGACAUAUCAUUCAUUUGGACCUUAAAUCCUGGGAUCAGCUGCAAUUGAAGUAUAAAAUUUAGUGUAAUUUUAGGUUUUUUUCCAAGUUUUUUGCUUAGAAACGCAUAAAUUUACCAAUCACAUCCUCAUCACUCAUCAACAGUAUUGCUCCAAUCUCUGCUACUGAUAUUGUGCUGUCUGGGAAAAAUAAGUCAUAGUUCAGAUGAUCUUAUUUACUUUGAAGAAAUAUGCCACACAGCAUAUGAGGUAUAUGUGUAUCGCAAAAUGCAUGGAAUAAUUAAGAAUUAUAUAUUUUUGUAUAACUCAUCUACUUGUGCACAGAAUGCAAUGCAUAUGGGUAUACUGAUCAUACAAAUCUAUGUACAGAAAAAAAAUAGCCAACAGUAAAUAUCAGAAACAUUGUACCUCUGGAGAUUACCAGUAGAGCAAUGAACUCAAGAAGUGGAGUCCAAUAUUUUUCAUAUAUCUGGAUUGAGUAUGUAUAAAAGGUGGUUUCAGUGGAAACUGAAUAUUUAACCUUAUGUGAAACUAUAACAAUGAUUGAUGUAUUGUCUCUAAAUCACAAUAAUCCAAUCAUUGUUCAACCUUUCACAUUCCUUUGCAACUUUUUUUUGGGGGAGGGAGCUUCUUUAGACUCAUUAAGAUGAAUGUUAAAAAAAUUCACUGUGCAUAGGCAUUAACUGCAUGUAGAGUAUAGAAAAAUGGUAAAGAUGUAGAAGGAUGUGAUUUCAUAAAGUAAUAGAGUACUGACUGAAUAAAACUCCUCGCCAAAUGGAGGAAUAAUGGGUACAUAGACUGCUUACCUUUCACAAAGACCCUCUCCUGUUUACCGGAGACUAAGCCCAUGUUUACAUUAGACCAUAUCAGCGGAUCAUCAGAUUAACGUUUUUAAAACGAUUAGUGUGCACACAGCAACACCAGUACACGAUUUGCGUGCACACAGCAACACCAAUACACGGAUACGCUCGGCUCCGCAGGUAUCCUGCGCUCCAAAUCACUCCGCCCUGAACAGCGAGUGCCCUCUGGAGGGUGCGCACUCCGGCCCUGCGCAGCUCACACAGCGCGCGAGUGAAGUGCACAAGCUGUGAUUCGGGACUGAGCCGCUGUGUGUGUGAUCCCAGCGCAUAUCACUUACCACUUGCAAGUGGAAGGAUGGCAAGCCUAAAGACAAUCAUAACUACACAAUGGGCAGUAUUUGCAUCAGUAUUUGCAGUAUUUUCAUACUUUUAUACUCUUUAAUGAAAGGUGAUACAAGGCGGAAGUCCGCGCCGUUUUUCAGCAGUCGCGUCACAUGACCAACGCCAGCGAAUCAGGAAGGUGGAUGUCACAGUGACGUUGUCCAAUGACGACGCCAGCUAGAGCUCAGCACAGCGUAUCCGCGUAUCUCAAUGUUUACACAGCACCGAAGCUGACACGAUCUGGAUUGAAUAUGUGGACCCUGGCGGAUUCCCGUUUCCCGGCGUUUCCAGGCGGUUUAAUGUAAACGGACAGUGCAUCCGCGAAGAAAACGAGACAGAUACAGUCUAAUGUAAACUUGGCCUAAGGCUCUGACCCAGCUCACUCCAGAACACAGUUACUUCUUCUCAAGUUGUCAAUCAAAUACUAUUGCCAAUGGUUAAUUUUCCAAACAUUCUACAACAGAACAAUAGCAGCAACAAAUUGACACUAAACUAGCUGUUAUUAAUAACAAAAUGUACUCUUACAGAGGAGUAAAGCUGUGCUAUGAUAGUGUACAUACUGGGAUUUGAGUACCAUUAAGAGUGCUUGCGUUGCUUGGGAUUAUUUGUCACAGGAGACAAUUUUAGAUAUGAAAGAAAUCUACCUGAUUUCUCUCCCUUUUUGGUAGGUGAUAUUAAAUAUGGAAGCUAUUCUCUUGAUAUGAGUAGGGCUUUGUUCUUAGUACUUUACCACCACCUUUGAGGCAAAUGUUGAUAUUCCCAACAGCUUUUUUCUUGUUUCCACUGUGCUAUGCUGUUACAUAGUAUUUAUAUAAAAAGUGAUUAAAAAAAGAAAGUUUAUCUUCCAUUCUAAAAGGACAUCUGGUUAUCAAAAAGUUUCUAUUUGGAAUUGAGUCUAGUAAUAUAAAACUGGACACAACAGCUUCCAACACUUGUCUGUCCUGUCCUAACUUAUGACUGUUCACUCUAUACCUGAAACAAGCAUUAUACUGUCACAACAGAUGUCUUUUUUAAAAGUUUGAUCCAGUGUGAGCCAUUCUGUGGUUGUUAUGACCAAUAGCUUGUACACUGGGGAACCAUUUACCGGACAUGCUGUUUGAAUUCCAGGCUUUUUUUUUUCUUUUUUAAACCACACCAUACACAAAUAUACUAGCUGGUGUCUUCUAAAAGAAAGGGUCCAUUUAAAAGCAAAUGCUUCCUAUAUCUAGGCACCUAGAAUUUAAGACUUCCAGAUGUUACCUUUGUUUAAUAUUCCCCUGACUCUUUUAGAGGAUAUAGAGACAGGUUGCCACCAUGUUAUCAUCUUGAAAAUUCCACACCAGUUCCACAUGUGCAUUCUGAGAUAGUAAUGCUAGUAUUCCAGGCAAGCUAUGUACACUUCAAUAUGUUGUUGUUUCUCAUAGGACCUUUUGUAUUUGUAGUAAGGGGUGAAAAUUUUGUAUUUAUGAUUAUUUGAGUGACUAUAUGAAAGAGCAGAAGCUGGUGCUUUACAGCUCAGGGGUCAGAUAUGCUUAAACAGGACCAUCUCAGGUGACUGUAAUAACAGCCCCUAAACAUCCCAUAGGGUCAUGGAGGAGACCCUGUAGCCUAUAAAUCCACGUGAAAUAGUACUACUGUAGUGUCCUAUAAACUUUUGGUCUGUUAAAGGAUUUAAGGAUGUUUCAAACUCCUUCAUCAACUGUUCAAGGAAAGUGUUUGGGAAAAAAUAUACAGGAUGUUGCAUUUCUUUUAAAGCUGGGUGUACAAAACUUCAUUAUCCACAUUUGUAUCAAAGUAUACAUUGCUAUGAAAUAUUAAUAAUUAUUGUAUUGUACUUUAAUGUGUGAUGAUGGUGCAUUUAAUAAUAGAAAGGAUGAUCAAGAGAGCAUCUGAUUAAACCAGAUAAGGCUUUCUAGGCCAGUCAAAUUAUAACUGACAAACUCUGCCUGCUUUGAGUACAUUUUUGGGUGUGAGUGUAUGAGAGAGUUCAACACCAUUCACAUGUCAGCAAGCAUUAUAAACAGAACAGGAUAUGUCCUGUGCUUCAUUUGGUAUUCCAAUGGGAUGCCUCCUCCAUUUCUAUCAGGAACUAUAGGAAGAAAGUACACACAAAACAGGAACUCACUUUGCUCUUAUUUCCCCUGGAAGCUCUAGAGAAUGAGCCUACACAUUCACUUGAACACAUUCUCUUUCCUGUAAAGCUGAAUCUAACACUGGAGUCUGGAAGGCGUGCAGCCAUACACACCCUUGGCUUUGCUCAUAUUUGGAUUGUCUUUAAUUCAUCCAGUGCCACACUCCAACAUGUAUUGUACUGUGUGUAAAAGGGCCUGCUGCUGUAGUGCAUACUGUAUACAAUUCUUGCUGCUUUAACAAAUUAUGAUGACCCUGAUCAUGGAACCAUUGGGAAUGCUGAAAUCCAAGGACAUGUACUCUCUUUUUAUUGAUGAAUGCUUACAACUUUCACAAGGAGAACGUGCCAAAAUGUUCAAUUCAUGGACCACCUGAUAUUUUAAAUGUCAUUUUCUUCAUGGGUAUGUCAAGAUUGAGUUAUGUGACCAAUAACAGAGCUCUAUUUUAAUAAGAUAUAGACAUGUAUGUUGGAUGUUUCUUGUUUAGUGAAGUAGUUUCCGUUUAAUCCACCCUUACUGACCUGAUGUCCAAAGCUUCUUUGUUUUUUUGUCCCUUUCUUGAGUUAUGCUUCAUGUUGCUCUGUGAUACUUGAAGGAUCAUUUUGAGAAAAUGGGGCCAACCACUUAAAUAUAAUGACACUUAAGUCCUGUUUCUGCGAAAGUCUUCUCUGAAUAAACUUGUUUUUAUACUA